GCCGCUUUGUCGCCGUCGCGGACGAACGCGGACGAGUCGCUGUCCACGCUGAACUAUGCCAAGCGCGCGAAGACCAUCAAGGUGAACGCCACGAAGAACGACGAGGCGGAGCAGAUUGCGAAGCUCGAGGAGGAAGUGGAGGCCUUGCGCCUCAAGCUGGCGGAGCAAGCCUCGGGCCUCGCGGACACCAGUCGCUACGAGACGCAGCUCCAGGAGAUGGAGAGCUUCAUGAAGCAGACCUGGGAGGACAAGGAAAGGCAGUCCUUGGAGCACGAGGAGGAAAGGAAGCGCCUGGAACAGGAGGCCCAGCGCACCGUGGAGCGCCUGCACGAGGAGCGGAAGCGGCGCCUGCGGCUCCUCGAGGAGAAGGGCGACCUGGAGCUGACGGUGCAGGAGCUGAAGCAACUGCAAGGCGGCGAGCUCUGGACGCCCUGCACCUCCGGCUGGCCCUCUCAGAUCUCGCGGCUGCUGUCGCUGGAGAACCGCGUCACUGCGCAGUGCCGAGCCUGCUGCCUGCUGAAGGAAGCGGUCUGCAACGACGUGGAGCACUGGUGCGAGAAGCGGCGCCAGGUGCAGGACGGGGGCAAGGAAGAAGAUGGCGGUGCCGGGCUCCGAAUGCUCCUGCAGCAGGCUGAGCGGAAGGUGGGCACUAUGAUGCGCGAGUUUGAGUCCCUGGCGAAGCACGAGCAGGAGCUCGCCACAGAGGUGGCGCUCUGGAUGCCCCAGGUGCAGAGGGUGGUUUCCGGGAUCGCACACGCCGAAAGCUCCGAAGAGAAGGAGGAGAAGAGCGAGGAGCCUGGCGCCAGCAACGAGGUCUCCGAGGAUUACCAGGAGGUCCUGGGUCUGGUCCUUCGUCAGCUGGACAGCCGGCGCAUGAAGGUUUGGGGCCAGAUCGCGGAGGACCACAAAGCGCUCGGAGACUUCGUCGGCCAGUUUCAGGCCUUGGUGGACUGCAGCCGUGCCCUAGGCGCGGAGGUGGAGGAGCUGGAAGAGGAGACCAGGCUCGAGCUGGAAGUUGGAGGCUCCUCCGGCUCCCGCGCGCGGCCGCCCGCUCCCCUCCACGGCGACGAGGUUUCCGCGGCACUGUCUGUGCCUCUGGGCCUCGCCACGGAGGACUUGCCGGAUACCAGCAUUUCCGCCAGCUCCAACCAACAGGCCUGCACGUCUGUCCGACUCUUCAGUGGGGUGAACCGCAUGAAGUGCGCCUUUAGUGGCUGGAGUCCGGUGGAAGACGCUACCUCGGAGUACCUGCAGGUGGAUCUGGGCAAGCCCACCUGGGUCAGCAGCUUGGCCCUGCAAGGCCGAAGGCCGCUGAGCGGCGACUGGGAGGCGACCAGGCCCUUGCUGGCAGAGCUCCUGGAUCCUGGAGAUCCGCUGCCUCCCAGCCGGAUCUUCAAGCGCCCGCCCGUCCGCCUGAUCCACGACAUCGUCGUGGCGGCUCAUGUCCGGCACCAGGCGCUGGCCGCUGGGAAGCCGGACUUCUCCUCGGAGCAGCUGGACUACAAGCAGCUUCAGAAUGCCGACCGUCAAGCAAAGGUCGACUUCUUCGAACUGCUGCUUGCAAAGGCGGGGCACGCCGUGAAGGCUGCGGGACUGCAAGACAAGGUUCCUCCAUUGAAAGUCAGCCCAUCGGACAUCUUGGGCGGCAAGAACACCGUCGAGAGCAAUCGGCUCUUGCAGCUGCUCUGCUACCUCGGCCUGAGGAAGAAGCUGGAAGGAUCCUCCUACGGAGGGUUGCUGGAUGUCUCUGACCAGUGGGCAACAAAGUUCACGGUCUCCUGGAGCGAGAAGGGUCAAGACUGGGCGCCGCUGACAACACCCAGCGAAAGCCAAGCCUUCGUCUUUGAGGGUUGCAGCGAUGCAGAGACCGCUGUUCUUUUCGAAGUGCUGCCUGUUGAGAUUUCAAGCAGUGACGCAAAGUCAGCUCACCGACCCACUGCAGCAGUCAUUCUCGAGUCGUCCAAAGCUUUACGCUGCAGGCUUCACCCACAGAAGGGCAUGGCCUGGACUCCCUUCACGGUGGAUCCACAACACCGCAUCUGUGCCUGGGUGCUGUUGUGUGUCUUGUACCUCAUUCCCAUCUCGUUCUAUGGCUACAAGACUUGGUCGACCCUGCAGAGCGAUGCUCCAUCGGUGCAGACAUCAAUAGGGGCAUUUGGACACCUGCCUUUCAUCUACUAUUGCAUCCCGAAAAACAUGUUCGACAAUCACAAGACCCAGACUGCAACGAACAACAAGAUUGGGCUUGUAAAGCCCAAACAAGUCGUGGCGUUCGAUCACAAGCUCGAUUUGGAGAACCCCAGCAUUCGGGGAUGCGAGUUCGACGGAACUCAGCAGGCCAAUCGGAAGCCAUUCAUCUACGGCCUCUCCAAGGGAGCGCCUGGAACGGAGUUAUGUUUUCUUCUCAAUGCUACGGAAAUGCAAGUAGUGAAGAAGGCCUCGAUCAGGGUGGAGUUGGUCUUGACUGGAGUAAAUGGCUCCAAGCCAGCAGACCAGCUCUUGCUUCUCGUCCGUGAACCGGAUGGAAGCCUUCAGGCAGCAGGUUCCUGGGCACCAGGCAUGACGGUCAGGACUCUCGAGAAGAAGAGGGAAGGAUCGAUGGGAGGCGAGCAUGCUUCUUUCAAAGAUGAGAUUCUUGAUGCCAUUGUCCAGUUCUUCUCUCCGAGGUUCAAGAAUGUCUACACGACUGAGCUUGUGUCCCAGUGGCAAGAUGAGGAAGAAGAGACAAGCACUCUGCGACAGAAGUUCACAGCUAAGAAAUACAACGUGAGCAAGGCCGUGCUUGACUUGCUUUUUCCGCGCAAGCAAUACUACAAGAUGACUUUACAAAUCAACUCGGAGCAUGUCGUCCAAGAGAUGGAAGUCGGCCGCGUCCCACAGCUGGUGUUCUUGCUGACAGGACUUGGCGGCUACAUUUCUGUGGUGACCAGCAUUCUUCAUGUAAUCUUCGUGAAGCGUUUCCCUGCUAGCCGAGUGGUGGAAACCUAUGAUGCAACAACGCCAUUUUGGGGUGAGCAAUCUGCCGGUGAGCUCGCUGUGGAAGGCCGUGCCGGCGAGUAG